UCCUCCUUCGCAGAGCAAGAUGGCGGCCGUCGUAGAGAGAGUUGAUGGAUAUGUUGGGUCCUUGGACUCAGACUCGGGGUCCCCGAGACAGUGCAGCCCUCCCCCGGAGCAGCCGCACCAGAACAACCCGCUGCUCGGGCUGCCCAUCGUGGCCAUAGAGAACAUCCUCCACUUCCUGUCUUACGACGAGAUCAGCCUGCUGCGCGCGGUGUGUAAGCGCAUGGACAUGAUCUGCCAGCGGAUCCUGAACCAGGGCUUCCUGAAGGUGGAGCGCUACCACAGCCUGUGCCAGAGGCAGGUGAAGGCCCAGCUGCCCAGGCGAGAGUCUGAGAGGAGGAAUCAUUCUCUGGCCCGUCACGCAGACAUCCUGGCUGCCGUGGAGACGCGCCUGUCUCUGCUCAACAUGACUUUCAUGAAAUACGUGGACUCCAACCUCUGCUGCUUCAUCCCUGGAAAGGUAAUAGAUGAGAUUUACCGCGUGCUGCGCUACGUGAACUCCACUCGAGCCCCCCAGCGGGCUCAUGAGGUCCUGCAGGAGUUGAGGGAUAUCUCCUCCAUGGCCAUGGAGUACUUUGAUGAGAAGAUCGUCCCAAUCCUGAAGAAGAAGCUGCCGGGGGCCGACCUGUCCGGGCGCCUCAUUGGCUCCACACCAGUGGCCGGACCCUCCACCUCUCUGACCACCAUGUCCCUGCUGGCCAAGAACACGCCGUCGCGCUCUGAGAUGACCAAGGUGCAGCACCAGGUGAAGGUGAACGGGACGUCCAUGACGGUGCUGCGGCGGGAGAUGACGGAGAUCCGGGUGAAGCAGCUGGAGCAGCAGAAGCAGCUGCAGGACCAGGAGCAGAAGCUGCAGGAGCAGACGCAGGUGAUCGGGGAGCAGAGCGCCCGGCUGGCCGAGCAGGAGCACAAGCUCCGCGAGCUGAUGGACAGCAGUGCUGCUGCCAUGGGGGGGGCGGCCCCCUCCACCUCCAGCAGCGCCGCCGUGUCCUCUGCUGCGGCUGCCACGUCUGCUGGGGGGUCGGCAAGUAGCAGUGGGGCCUCUCUAUCCACAGGGCAGGAGGGCGAGGGGGGGGCAUCGCUCAAACGCAGCAGAAAGAGCUCAGAGCGCCCCCGACAGUCCAAACGGCUGCGCAGCAAGAAAUAACACUGACUGAUCACACCUCUCCCCAAUCCCUCGCGUCACCCCCCCCCCCCACCAACACAUGACCUGUUCUGUCCGUGAGAGGAGUUGGGAGUAUCGCUCUUCGCUUUACCCCCCCACUAAUAGGCAGGUGGCCUUUGCAGCUUAGACUAUUUAUUGAAGGUUACAUUAAAAUGACUGUAUAGCUUUUUAAUGUAGAAGCUUUUAUAAGAGGCCUAUAUGUUUGCAAAAAUGUGGCAUGGCUUAACAGGAACUCAGAUGGUCGGUAUUUUUGGUUCACAUUGUACAUGUUAUUAAUGUAGUUUCUGAAAUAAAAUCUACCAAGAGAUAUUAUUUUGGAAACCUGCACAAUUAAAUAGGAUAUCAGAAUACAAUUACGGACUCAUAACAGUCCUUACAUCUCAAGUUUAAUUACCACAACCUACAAAAUAAACCAAAUGAAUGUUGCAUGUUUUGGGUUAUCAAUUAGCUCCUCUCCAUUGCCACAUGGGCAGGAGCUAUAAAUCCAUAGACACUUUUUAUAUUCACAUCAGCUCCUUCCUAGCUGUGGCUAAGUUGCAGUGGCUCGGGUGGUUGGCUGCUCAGACCCUUUAAUUUCAGUCUGGUCCAUUUUUGAAUCACCAAAAAAAGAAAGGCUGGGUCAGAGUCAGCUGUUGAAAAAAGUGAUUUGUUGCCUGGUGUUCAUACUUUUGUUUUAUUCAUGGAUAAAACAUGAUGUGCAUCUGUUCCUUUAUGAUCAUACUAGUGCUUCACGCAGCCUAUUUAAUACAAAUAAUACACGGACAUCAUUUCACUGCAGAACGUUCUGCUCCUGGAAACAUAUUUGAAUAUCGCCAAACAUAUUUUUCAAAAUAAGAGAAAUAGUAGUUAAACAAUCGUGCAUUAUUUCAUACAUUGACAUUUUCAGUCUGAAAACUCACUAUACUCUCACUUCAGCAGAGUCUGAUAAGAUGAAUUGCUUUUGGAGUUUCUAGAAACAGUAACUAUGUUGGAAGUCAGCACCGUACUGCACACUACAUACUGAGUUAACCAGUAUGCUAUCACCAGCUGUCUGCUUGAUUGAUAGUUUACACUGAAGUAUCAAGCAAUAUGUUUUCUCUGCAUAACAGACUGCAUGGCUAACAUGACUGUUUAGAUCACAUGACCGCAGGUCCACAUCACUUUAGCUUACAUGACCAUCGAUUGUAAUGUCACUGGUCCGUGCCACCAUGGAAUGAAAAUUGAAACAAUUAUUGUUUAAUACUGUAGCUCUUAAUUGUACCAUCAACCAUCAUGCCUGAUUAUUUUUAUCCAACAGUGCAAUAAUUAUCUGCCUGCAGUCUGAAGAGCCGCAAUGCAUUGUGGGGCAGUUGAUUAUGUUGUGUAAGCUCUCUUCUCAUGUUCUGAUAUUGGUGUUAAUCUAGUACACAUUCAGGCAUUUGUCACAAAAACAUAGCCACAUGCUAAAGCAUCUGGAGCACACUACAUACUCAACAUGACAUCACUUAGUGAGCAGGAUGUUGAUAAGCAGUAAUGCUUUACAGAAACAGCUGUGGCAUGAUUUAGACUCACAGACUGGCUAAUUAUUUGUAGUAGAUGGGUGGAAUCACACAGCAUGGUCCUAAAGGAAAUGAUGCAAAAUAAAAGAAGUCUACUGUACAUGUGAUGGCAUUCUAAGGGUCUGUUCAUCCAAAUGAUACAUCUUCUCACUUCCUCUGUCAAGCUUGGGUUUUUCUGGUCCAUGUGUAGAGAUAUGUCUCUAAGACAUCUGCCCCAAUCCCAAAACAAGGAAGGAAAGCUAACAUGCCUGGACAGAGGGAAGUUAUAAAUGAUAUUUUUAACCCUUGAAAGUUUGUCAAUUUUUUUUCUUUUAAAUGUUGCGACUUACUUUGACAGUGAGGUUAAGAUGGUCCCUUUCUGAUGAGGUAACUAUGAUGAUUGUGAGCGGUCUGCAGUGACAGAAGGGGAGGGGGGGGGGGGGGAGGACUGCUGGCCCCCCGCCCCACCUCUUGCCUUGUGAGGCUAGGUUAGCUCUGAGCCCAUAUUGUGGCUGCACUUUUGUUCUCUCUGUGUGGAGCUCUUCUGUUGUGUGGAGAACAUGAACAUUUGGUAAAGAAACUUUGGAGAUGCAGUUCAUGUCCUUGUGAACACUAGCGUCUAUUACAAUGUCACUGGGCAGAAACACAUAAUUUAGUGGCUUAAUUUGAGACUGCGUCUCAGUUUAGAAAACUGUACUGUAAUUUCCAUGUACUUUAAGUCUAGAUUGUGAAUUAUUUCAUGUAUGUAUGCCAAGAAAACUAUCCUUUGAGUUGGCUAACAUGGGGCUAACUGCAGUUUUGUUUUCACACAUUGCUGUUACAAAUGUACACAUCAAACCUAUUAAAAACUCAACAUGA